GGUUCCUGGGUGGAGCCUCUCAAAGAAAGUAAACACGCACCGGAAGUCGAUGCGAGGAGGCGCGUGUGAGGGGAGUUGAAUCUUUCCUUUCCUCGAGGCUGAGGUUGCGUCUGUUGACGCGGCCGACGACAAUCCCGAGCUGUAAGUGCGUUUAUACCUGCUGUGAAAGCACAUACUGUACCAUGCUGGUGCUAAGGCACGGCAGUGAGCAGGACAGAGGAGCUCCCACCGUGGCCAUAGACUUUCAUCACCAAAUCUCCUGAGUGUGUAUUUACCGACUGCGUUCAGUGCCGACAGUGGUGGCGAAGCUGCUCGGGAGACUCACACUGGGACUUGUUCUCCUCCUGGACAUUUUGGGGGCUCCUCAGCAUGGUCAGCAAGUCAGCCACGGGCGGAAGGGAGGCUUUCUCACAGCUCCCUUGUGCUUCCCACAGCCUUGCCAGCCGGGAAUACAGAGGGGAAGGAGGAGGAGCUUAAGAGAGGCUACUGAACCCCAGUUGGCCAUGGCCGAGGAAUUUGUGACCCUCAAGGACGUCGCCAUGGACUUUGCCUUGGAAGAUUGGGAGCAGUUCGGGCUAGACCAGGGGGACCUGUUCUGGGACACAGCAUUGGAGAACUACCAGAACCUCUUCCUGCUGAAUCCCCCAAGACCCAACCUGACCUCCCACGCAGAUGGCAGUGAAGAUCUGGAGCCUCUGGCACGAGGAAGCCCAGAAGCAAUGGGCCCUGGCCCAUUUUUCCUUCCUAGCCCUGGGGCACAGCAGAUGGCCACAUCAGGGAGUAACUUAAGCCCAGGCCUGAAUAUUGCCAAGAGCAUCUGCCGUCCCAUCUCUCAAGCUGGGGUUCCUCCAGGUGGAUCAGAUUUGGCUGAGACCACCACGAACUCUCUGAUGCAGGAUUUCUUGGAAGAAGGACUCUCCCAGGAGAUUAUAGAGAUGAUUUCCAAGGAUGGCUUCUGGAACUCCAAUUUUGGAGAAACCUGUAUAGAGGACAGCUGGUUAGAUAGUUUGCUAGGAGAUCCAGAAGGUCUUCUGAGGUCUGAUUUUGCUACCAACAGGGAAAGUCCCACAGAAUGUGAGAGUCAGGAAUUAAAGAGAGGCUUCAGUCCUGUGUCCACCCUUUCCACGGGAGAAGAUAACAUGAUGCAUGUUUCUGAGAAGAGCAUCACACCAGCUGAAUCUAAGGAACACAGGGAUGAGUUUGGCUCCUUGGAACACAGCCAGCAGGAUUCUGUUCCGGAAGGGGAUAAACCAUAUAAAUGUAGUGAAUGUGGAAAAAGCUUCAGUGGGAGUUACCAUCUUAUCCAGCACUGGAUUACUCAUACUAGGGAGAAACCCACUGUGCAUCAAGAGUGUGAGCAAGGUUUCAAUCAGAAUGCUUCCUUUUCUGUGUAUCCAAAAAGCCACACAGGCUACAAAUCCUAUGUGUGUAAUGAAUAUGGGACAACUUUUAGUGAGAGUGCAUACCUGUGGCAUCAGAAAACUCGCCCUGGAGAAGAACCAUCUAAGAGUCAAGACACUGACCACCCACCCAGUCAUGCCACACAGCCUGUUGAGCAUCAGAAAACUCACAGAGGAAGUAAGUCCUACAGCUGUAGCGAAUGUGGCAAGACUUUCACCCGGAUCCUUCAUCUUACUCAGCACCAGAAGAACCACACUCGGAAACGCUAUGAAUGUGCCAAAUGUCAGGCGUCCUUCAAGUUUAGAAAACACCUCGUCCAACAUCAGAAAAUUCACGCUGCAAAAACUACCUCUGAGUGUCAGGAGUGUGGGAAGGUUUUUAGGCGGAGUUUGCUGCUCAUUGAACACCGGGCUGUUCACACUGGAGAGAAGCCUUAUAAGUGUAACGAAUGUGGGAAAUCCUUCAGCCAUACCUCAACGCUAAAGAUCCAUCAGAGAGUUCACAGUGGAGAGAAACCUUACAAAUGCAGUGAGUGUGGGAAAGCUUUCUGCCGGAACACUCACCUUAGUGAACAUCAGCGAAUUCAUACAGGCUACAGACCCCACAAAUGUCAGGAAUGUGUCAGGAGUUUCAGGCGGCCCUCACAUCUAAUGCAACAUCAGGCCAUUCAUGCUGCAGAAAAGCCCUAUAGCUGCACUGAAUGCAAGGAGACUUUCAGCCAUAACAGUCAACUUGUGCAGCACCAGAAAAUGCACACUGUCAAAACCCCAUAUGAAUGUCAGGAGUGCGGAGAACGCUUCAUUUGCAGCUCAACCCUGAAGUGCCACCAGAGUGUUCACACCAGAGAAAAACAAGGGUUUGUUUUGAGUGGGAAGAUCUUGGUUCAGAACCCAGCACAGACAGAGAAGUGCUUUAAGUGUAACAAAUGUGAGAAAUCCUUUAGCUGCAGCAAAUACCUAACUCAGCAUGAGAGGAUUCACACCAGGGUGAAGCCCUUUAAGUGUGACCAGUGUGGGAAAGCCUUUGGCCAAAGUACUCAGCUCAUUCGCCAUCAAAGAAUCCACUUUAGGGUGAGGCGGUCUAAAUGGGGUGAACAAGGGAAAGCCAUCAGCAGUGGCUCCCUUAUCAAACUUCAGUCCUCUCUCACCCAGGAGUACCCUUUUAAAUGUGAUGAAUGCGGAAGGACCUUCAGCCAAAGUGCACGCCUCUCAAAACAUCAGUUAAUUCACACUGGAGAGAACCCCUUUAAAUGUAGCAUGUGUGACAGAGUCUUCAGCCAGAGAAACUACCUUGUUCAGCAUGAGAGAACUCAUGGCAGAAAGAAGCCCUUCCAGUGUAAUAAAUGCGGGAAAACGUUCCAUCAGAGCUCAUGCCUUUCUAAGCAUCAGAGAGUUCACUCAGGUGAGAAGCGCUAUGUAUGUGACUACUGUGGGAAGGCCUUUGGCCUGAAUGCUGAGCUUGUCCGCCACCAGAGAAUUCACACUGGAGAAAAGCCUUAUGUGUGUCAGGAAUGUGGGAAAGCCUUCACCCAGAGCUCAUGCCUUUCUAUUCACCAGAGAGUUCACACCGGGGAGAAGCCCUAUGUAUGUGAUGAAUGUGGGAAAACUUUUGCCCAGAAAGCAAAUCUAACACAGCACCAGAGAAUGCACACUGGGGAGAAGCCUUACUCCUGUUACGUGUGUGGCAAAGCUUUUGGGCUCAGUGCUCAUCUCAGCCAGCACCUGAGAGUUCACACCCAGGGGACACUUUAUCAGUGUCAACAUUGCCAGAAAACCUUUCAGUGCCACUCGAGUCUCAACCGCCAUCAGCGUGUACAUAUCAGGCAGCAAUACUGCCUGUAGCCGUUGGGUGGUAGCAGAGUCCCAGAAUAUGAGACCGUGUUCGUUGGAUGUCGAAAGUUGGAAACCAUCCCAUUGCAAGUUUUCCUCCAAAUAAUACAUCUAAAGACUGAUUAAAAAGUUUGUGCACACGAGGGGCCACAGUGGCUCUGGCCAGUUGUUCUGGUGCUUGAGGAGGUGAGACCAUGAGUUCAAGGCCAACCUGAGCAAAGUUACAUGCUCUCAUUGAUUGACAAAAAAAAAAAAGAAGUUUGUGCACACGAGUUUCAUUAUGACAAUGAAAACACAAAAACGGAGAAGCUGUACAAUGUCAGGAUUCAGAGGUAGGCUCUGGAGCCAGUCUACCUCAGUUAAAUCCCACCUCUGUCAUCUGCUACCUAAGUGACCUUGAGAAAGUUAGAAAAAUCUCUCAGGGCCUCAGUGUCCUCAUCUGUAAAAUGGGCAUCACCUACCUCAGAGGGCUUUUUUGAGGAUUAAAUCAAUAAAUGUGAAGCACUUAGAACUGAUGCCCAGCACAUGAGGGCUCACCAGGUAUGAGCCACAAAUACACGUCAGCUAUAGCACAAAUAGACUCGUGUUACGGGAGGAAAGGAAGCAGUAAUUUCUCUGUUUACUGUAGUUAAUGUUCUUGAUAGCUUUUAAUUUAAGUUUUCCUUUGUUAAGGUUUUUCUCCAGCACCUUACUCUUCUUAAAUGCCUGGACUUUUUUGUCCCUUCAUCUCUCUUUCCUGGUUUUUUUUCUUAACCCCCAGAAAGCUAAGAAGAACAUGUAAACACCAAACCUCAACUGGCUAAAACCUUCCACUCCUAACCUCCCAAGCCUCUCACUCAAAGGGGACAUGCUGCCUCUUCCUAUGACCCUCCUCCACGUAACAGUCUUGGUUACGCAAUAGGACACCCAAUUUGUUGUGGGAGUUGACACCAAAACACAGCUGGAUUUCAUCAGGAAAGCUGCGUGGAUCAAGGUGUUAACCGCCUAUGAAACACAACCCAUAUGGAAGACGUGCUGGGGGGUCAAGCCUGUGGUGUGCAGAGGUGACUGCUGGGCUGUCAUCAUUCACCAUUUAUCCAAGAUGGCCACUCACCUGGCAAUUUGCCAGGCUUGGGGGCAGGUAAUAUCAGUACACUAGGCACUGCUCCUGCUCUGAAGCUUCCAUCUGGAAUCAGGGAGAUGAAUGAACCUAUUUUCAUAGACGAUUGCUGUUAAUUGACAAGUGACAUCUUAAAAAUGCCACAUUCCCUCAUAUCACAGUUCUGGGAUUACCAGGGAUUGUUGGAGAGUUCAGUGAGAUGGGACCACACAGCCAGUUCCCUCCUGACAGUUUUGUUAGCUCGGGGCUUUUGUGCCCUACCACUAAGUGGCUCAGUCACACAUUUGCUGAAACAUAGUAGUCUUAUGGAAAGCACUGGGCACUGAUACUUCGAAUAUCUUUCAUAUUUUAGGCGCUUAAAAUGGUUAGGGGGUAAGUGCUCUGUACACUCAGGCUUUUCAAGUCUUGCACCUAGAGUUCUGCUGGUUUUGUUAAACUUGGUUAAAACUGGGAACCUAUUGGCUAACCCCAAUAUACUGUUUUUCAAAUGGCUGCACCAUUUCAACUUGUACAUGGUUCCUGUCCUCUGGAGCUCUGCCUCGUCUAGGAGACGGGCAUGUUAAAUACCAAGAGAGUGUACAAAGUGUUGCAGACCGGAACACAAAGGGGACUCUGGAAAAUUGGCAGCUACUGGGGGUUGAGGGCAGCGUCUCUGAAUCAAGUCACCUCUGUUGCUUCGGGCCAGGGUAGAAACGCCCUCCAUGUGUGCAGGUUUGUUGGUUCUCUGAUUAAAAUUUUGAGUCAAA